AAUGUACUUCUGUGUUUGAUAAAUAUAUUGGGUCUGUAAAUAAACGUAUUAAUUAAACAUUUUAUUAUGUAAAAUCCGAUUUUAAUAUGUAAAUAUAAACUAUGUAAAUUACUUACUGUAUGAAAAAGUAUCUCAGAUAAGAUUUCAUUUAUUUCGAUUUUUGUCGUUAAUUUUUUUGUAGGUUGUACGUAAAAGUCAUAUAAAGAUCACAUACGUUUUUUUUUAAUAGAAUUGUAUAAUUUUGCACGCAGUAAUCGAUGCAGCUCGUUAUUUUCUACGAAAACGUACGAAUCUACUUAUGUUUACAAUCACUUCAGUAGUUAUGUUUUAAUUUUAAUUUUUUUCUCUAAAUGAUUUUUUUGUUCAGCAAUUAAUUAACGAUGUAGUUUGCGAUAACAGACAAAAGUCAGAUAAUCAUAAUAUCUACAUAUAGAGAUAUUUAUAGUAUAAUAUACACUAUAAGGUAUAACAUAAGUAUAGUAUGUAUAUAUAUGUAUAUAUAUGUAUACAGCAUGGCGUAUAUUUAUAUAUGUAUUAUCUAUAAGUCGUUCAAAUGAUUAUCAAUCAAGAUAAUCAAUACUUAACAAGUACUUUUUAUACGUGCGUCUGUAAAAGUCACGUGCUGAUUUCAUCUAAUCGAUGAGCACGAAGGGAUAUAUAAAUAUGGGAUUCGACUCAAAGCAAUCAAAUCACAUUUUGUGAAAUUGUAAUACACCUUGCUUUUCUUCUUUCUUCGCCAAAAUCAUGUUGUUCAAAUUGUUGAACAUCUUCGUGACACUCCUCCUGGUACAGGCUGCUUGGAGCGCUGCGUUGCACGAUGAAGAUAUCGAAGCUUCUCAAGAAGUCCAGUCCAACUUAGUGUCGUAUUAUGAUCCGUACACCGGAACUGAAUUAGAUGUAGACACGAGCGAUGCUCUUGUUGCAAUGAUACAACAACGUUCGCUAUGCAAAAGUGAACAGAACGGUUAUGGCUGUUGCGUUGGUGUUCAUGUCAAAAACAUGAAAGCUUCAUUAUGUGCAAAACUUGUCAACGGUAACGACCCUAAGCUUGAAAUAACCGUAAACGGAAAAACGAUCUUCUCGCAUUCCGCGAAAGCGAACACACCUGAAAUGUGUGGUAACAUUUUCGAAGGAGUAAAAGUUUGCGAACAAACACAAGUCUCUGUUGUUAACAAUGGUUUACGGGUUUGCGCGAACAUCAGACUUAAAUACGCUUUCUUUAAGAGUCACAUAAACAUCCCAUGCUUUACUAUUGGCAAACAUGGUAUCUCCGCGAACAAUUUCGCACAGUUAGAGAAUCAACAGGAAAUGGAAUCGAAAAUGUACGACGAAAUAAAUUUCGAGCAGUAGACUCUGUCCAAUCUGGAUUAUGACAACUACGUUCCAACGUUAGCUUCUGAGCAAGAGGCAUAAAUUGGUCAAUUAAAAAUAUGAAUACCAGAAAUGAAUUAAUAUCGGUGUAAAAUUAUAUAGUUAUUAUUAAGUAUAAAAUUGUAACAAUUUUAUUCGUUGACUUAAAGAUUAAUCUGUAGAAUUUAUUGUUAUCUUAUCAGUAUAAUGUAUAAUAAAGUUGAACGAAAUCGGCAUAAUCAUACCUGUUAUUCUUUUCUUGCUGUUUGUACCAAGCCAGUAUAUCGAAUAAAACUACGCGAUAAAUAAAUAAUGUCCUAUAAGAACCUUGACACGAGCUAUGAUUUUUUUUAUAGCAUGCACUCUCAAUCUUUCGUGUGCCGAUAGCUCGCCGCUUUUUUUCCUUAAUCAGAUUACCACGGCGAUCCAGCAGGAAAUAAAAUGCGUGCGACCAGUACGAAGUAAACCUAAAUUUCUCCGUAAAACGAGGUCAGAAUGAGAUAUCCGUUAACUGACCAGUCGAGUGUCGAACGUUCAACAAGGAGUACUAUCCAUCUCACGAAGAGAUGUUCUUCCGUAGUCAUUGAAUCCGGCAUCGUUAAGGACGCGAGAUGAGGGCUGCCUGUUUGCUACUCUUCUUCGCUGUUCUUUGCAUUCAAAGCUCCUUGCAACGGAUUAACAAGAGAGCUUCUGAUUCGGAGAGAACGUUAGAAACAUCCGUAGACAAUGACAUAUUGGCCGUUACGAAAAACGGCGAUUCCAAGAAGAAUGAAGAAGAUUGGAAUACAAAGAAAUUACAAGAAUUGCUGAAACAAGUGACGAAUUCUACGUCGAACACCACGACUCAGGUGACCGCUACGAAACAAGGUCCUUGUCAAUGCGGAGGAGGUGUCUGCGGUUGUUGCUCUAGAAUUUUAUUCGACACUUGGAAACAGAAAGCGUGCGUGAAUGUGACGUACGAUCCGGAUGAGUUUAGCUUUACCGCGAAGAUUUCGAUGAAUAAUAGAGUUCUGUAUACAAGAACCAUAUCUGGAAAGAAUCCUCGGCCAAUAUGUGUGCCAGUGCCACGAAUUCCAAUCGUUAAAGCGUGUGUUCGAUUUUAUAACAUUUAUUUCCAGGGCAGAAAUAUUCAUGCGUGUAUAAAUAUGGAGGGAAAGUUUCAAGAUUUCACGAUAUUUAAGGUCGGAUUAGAUUGCAUUAGAUUCGGUGUAAACGGUUUGGCUCUGGUAAAGCCAGAGGACGGAGGUGGAUUAGGUCAAAUAGAAUUCUUGCCAGGUGAUGACGAUGAUGAGGAUGAAGACGAUUAUGAUUACGACGACGACGACGACGAUGACGACGAUUUACUUGAUUUCUGAGGAAACCUAAGAUUCUGUUCGUGACAGUCGCGAAGGACUUAAUAGUACAAUUACGCAUUCCUACUGCCAUCGUAUGGCAGCAAUCAUUAUUUAUUAUAUUUUCUUUUUAUGUUUAAGAGCGUAACGCAACGAUCUGUUCGUAAACUAAUAGUCUGAUGAUUGUCAACGAGUUCGGUCAUGUUUUAUAAAGUAACUUUGCGUCGUUCGAAACAUCGAAUUAACUGCUGAAUAUCGUAAUGUACAUUAUCAAGAGACGAAUAAAUAGAUGUAUUUGAAA